AUGGAAACACAUGAAUUAACAAAUUCAACCUACAAUUACAAUGCAGUUACACAUAAUUCACAGCUUUUAAAAGAAUGGAUGCAUGCUUUUGAUGAUGGCGGAAAACUUUUAGAGCCUAUUUUGAAAAAAUUUAAUUUGUCUGAUGUGCAGGAUAUUAAAAGGUUAUCACUGAAAGAUAUGCAUCAGGAUGAUAGAUUCUUGCGCUUUUUACAAACAUUUUGUGACUUGGGGAACGGAGCCAAAGCUGACUGUGAUCAAAUGCGUAAAAUGAGAAUGGGCAAAGUUGAAGAUACAGAGAAUGAUGUAUCUGAUGCAGAAGCUACACUCCCACUUAUUUCUGAAGAUAAUAGCCACACAGUGUGCACUGAAAAUGAUACCUUUGUUGACCAUUUACACACUUUGGAAGAGCUUCAUUCCAAAUUUAAAGACUCUUUACAGCAGGACGCUAAUUUAUCUACCCUAGAGGACACAAUGAAUGACUUAAAACGCCAUGAAGCUUUGGUAUAUGCUGAGCUGGAAGUUAAACGUAGUGACUUAACUCAGCUAAAGGAAAAAAUUCACUGCAUCUUUAAAAACUGCUGGGAACUGAUUGAGCUUUCUCCCUCAUUAGAAGUUCUACCCAAACUGAGGGAGAAAAUAAUUGAAUAUGGUUGGACAGUUGAAAGCCAGAAACCUUGUGUACUACUAAAAAAAAAUUGCAACAUUGUAGAUGUUUCAUUAAGAAUUUAUGGGCGAGAUUGUACAAUGUCUAAUGUAAAAAACGUAAUUGCAACCUAUGAACAAAAUGAUAAAGCAGAAGAAAAGUGCAAGUGUGAGUUCACAGAAAACAUCAUUUGUGAUUCAAUGGGAUCACUAGUGAAAUUUAAAGUAACUUUGGCUGAUUUAAAAAAAGGUGUCAAAAGAAACGCCAAGAAAGAAUUUUGCCACUUAAGGAGGAUACUAUUUACAAUUAAAUUUGAUUUUGGUACAUACAAGUGUUGGACGCACCCUUUUGCUGUGAUGACAGGAACUGCUCAGCAGUGGCCCUAUACUGGAGCAGUUCAGUGGUACAUUUGGGCUAACAAAAAGCCAGGUGAAAUAAACUUUAGAAGCCCGAGUAACUUGUCAGUUGAAGAACUAUCAGCAAUGUUCUUUUCACAACUUAAAGUCAAGGGACUGCAAAAAUGCUUUACAGAAAGAAAUAAAGACACCUACAAGGAAAUGUUAACAUCUUUGUGCAAAGGAGCAAAUGAAAUAGAAAUUAAUUCUUUCAUUCAAUCAAAAAUGCCUAAGCAAAAAAGAAGAAAAAAGGAAAAUGAUUUCUCUAUGUAUAGCUGGUGUGUUGCAGCAAUGAAUUCAUUUAUUUAUUUUGAAUUUGAGCUGAAAGAUCUUCUAAAACAUGGGAUUAUCUGGAGCAUCUCCUCAUUUGAAGAAGUAAAAAACUUACUUAGUUCUCAAGAACCAGGCACUGCUGUCAUUCGAAUUUCUCAAAAUCAUAUUUCAAGUAAAGUUUCAAAAAAGCCAUAUGCUUCUUUAUGUGUUCAUGUCAAUGCAUCAUUUUCAGGAAAAGAGCUAUAUUCUUUUGAUAAAAAUGCUGAUGAGGUAAAAGACAUCUAUACAUACCUGAAUUCUUUAAGAAGCAAUGCUGGGGAGCCCCUUGUGAAAACCAUUUUACUUAAUACCACUCAACUCUGCUGUGUACCUCUGUCAGUACUGAAGAGAAACAUUCAAGUUGAAGAUACAAGGAAGACUAAUAGAUACAGAACUUGUUACAUAGAACAAACAGUUGUUUUGGGAGUUGAAGAAAAGAUGAAAUCAAUGGAUUUAAAUGUUGAGGUUAAAGAAUCAGUGGAGGAUUCUGGGAUUCCAAGAAAGGUUGCAAAAAUGCAGGAAGAGACUUCUAAACAUUUGAAUGGAAAUUCAGUUAAAGAAUUAAAUCUUGAUAUCAAAUGCAGCCAUCAAGAUGGAAUGGUGAAUAUGCACUCAGGAAUAGGCAAGCUAGAGUCACAGCAAUCUUUUGAUAGAGAUAUGGACACACAACCAAGUUUUAAUGGUGACACACAACAACAUUUUGGUGGUGACACACAACAACAUUUUGGUGGUGAGACACAACAAAGUUUUGGUGGUGACACACAACAACAUUUUGGUGGUGACACACAACAACAUUUUGGUGGAUGGUAG